GAUUCGUGUGAAAGACGGCUUCACAGGAAAUUGAGGAUGUCUCUCGGAAUUUCGCUUCAAUGGCAACUCCCGUCCGUUAUCAGGAGUACUAGAACCUCGGCAGCUCAGUUACGUACGACCGAUGUUUUUCUCUCGCUUCCUACGGUUCAUUCCGGUCGUGCUCUUCAGUACUCGACCAUUCCCAGUAGCUCAAUUGCUACCGGCAAACGGGAUGGACGGUUAAGAUCCAUUCGUUGUCUAUCUGCUCUGGAUCCUAACUUGAAGUCUACGCUGGAUAAGGUUGUCACAUCACAAAAAAUCGUGUUGUUCAUGAAGGGGACCAAGGAAUUUCCACAAUGUGGAUUCUCAAAUACAGUGGUUCAGAUAUUAAAAGCACUAAAUGCACCCUUCGAGACACUAAAUAUCCUUGAAAAUGAAGCACUUCGUCAAGGAUUGAAGGAGUAUUCCAGUUGGCCAACCUUUCCACAACUCUACAUUGAUGGAGAGUUCUUUGGUGGCUGUGACAUUGUUGUAGAAGCAUACAAGAGCGGAGAGUUGCAAGAAUUGCUAGAAAGGACAUUGUGCUCCUGAUAGAUUCAGAUGUAAUAAACCCAUUAUUGAAUUGUAUGGACUAUCAGGUGUCUGUUAUUCUUACUACAGAUAAUAAAAAUAUUCUCUUAUGUUAA